GCUCUUGUGCUCGACGUUGAUCCCCCUGCUCCCGGCAUCACCCCGGCGGCGGCGGCGGCGGCGGCGUUAGCCGACGUACGGUCCUCCUCCCCCUGCUGCUGCUGCUGCUGUGGUUUUCCGGCACCACCGCCACCACUACCACGCAGGCUCUGCUCGCGCCGCUCUCGCGCCCGCCGCUGCUGGUGCCGCCGCGAGUACAGCACAGAGUAACCCGUCUCGGGCAUUGACACGCCCAUGGCCUCGCAGGGCGGCUGCUGGACGAGCAUGCGCCGCCACGAGGCGUCCACGUAGAGGAACGCAUCCGGAUACUGUGCCAGCGGGAGGGACUCGAUGUCCCUGCGGCCGUUGUACGUUCUCUGCGUGACGGAGCUGGCGAGCGGCUGGAAGAAGGGCGGGAAGAGGGCUGCCAGGAGGGGAUUCACUGUCGGCAGUCUCGGAGAAUGCGGGAGGCGGUGCUUGUGCUGUGGCUGUGAUGUGCGAGAGGAUGUGGAUGAUGUGGAUGAGUGGGAGAGGGAAGUGCUGGCCGAGAAGACGGUGCUUGCGGAGAAGGUGGAAAAGUUUGAGCCCUCCGACGCCGACGACAGCGAACGUUCUCGCUCUGCUUGUUCUGAGGAAGAUGGUGGCAGAAUUGCGUGGUGCCCGGCACUCUCGGAAGGGACGACUCUCCUUGCCGGGCGGAAGAAAAGGUGGACUUGCACGGAGGGGGUCGUGGUGAUGAUCUCGUGCCACUGUCUGCAGACCCGCUGGACAGAGGUGAGGACAUCCCGCAUGUCGCACUCCAAGAACAGAGCCUCGAGAAGCUCGGGCGUGGACAAGAAGGCAUCCAUGGCUGGCGUUGAGGACGAGGAUGUUGGCGAUGGUGUCGGAACUGGCGAGGUUCCCAUGUUCAUCUUGGCCUCGAACUCGUCUUGGAGAUCUGCCAUGCUGAGGGCUCCGAGUGCGUGAUCAAAGCGCUGAGAUGGAUGUAAUAUCGGGUACGAUUUCUGUUGCAUGACAGCUGAUCAUGACCAUGAUGACAUGGACGAUGGCCUCGAGCUCCACCCCCGCAUCUGGGGUGCAUUGGCACCCGCAAGGCGGCCCCGCACGGCCCCAGACCAGACAGGCCGCCAGGAGGAGCAGCGAUGCACGCGCGCCUGGGCGAGUGUGUGACCUGCUUACCUUGCAGGUAUAUUCAUUGACCCUUAUUGGACACUGGAUUAUCAAUGC